GGCUUGGUCGGUGGAAAGGAGCUCCGUCUUCUCUCAGAGGAAACGUCAGUGCGAGAGCCGGGCAAUGCUCAAUACCGACAAGGUAAAGCGAUCCCGUUUCGAGAUGUCAUUCUGGCGAGCUUCGAAGAUGCAGAGGUUCCUCCGCUUCGUGGCUGAGGGAAACCGCGACAUCAUCAUCAAGAAGACGAGCGUCAAGCAGGAGAUCGCCGUCAUCAGAGAGACGCUGUGGGCCCACUACAACACGCUCCUCAGCUCCUUCAGCUACUACGUCUCCCUCGACGGGGUGUUUGGGGAGCCCGACAGCGCGGCUUUCCAGCUUGGGAGGGACCAGUAUUUGGCGUUUCUAUCCGACAUUCUGCACACUCGGGAGAAGGAAAACAAGGUGGUUCACGACGAGCUCAACCGAACCUUCGCGAAAGUCAACGCCGAGGAGGACUCUUGCACGACAUCGGGGCUGGCGAAUCUCGACCGGCGGUUGUGCGAGCAGGAAUGGAUGGAGUGCAUGGUUCGAAUUGGGGCGAUCCUGUACAGGAAGGAGACCAACAACGGAUCUGUGGCCAGAGCAUUGAGUCGCUUCAUGGCCGAGUUGGUCCAUCGUCUUCCAAAGGCGGCUCUCCUCGAUCCGGACGCCUAUCGAAGGGAAUGUUUGUACAAGGAAGGGCUGGAGAAGGCCCUGACCAAAAGGAUCGAGGGGUUCCGCGCGCUGUUUCAGACAUACCCCAAGAACAAUCUGGCAGUCAAAGCAGCCCGGCGCCGGAUACAGGUGCCGAAAGAGGUAAUCCGAUCGCACGUUCUCUAG